ACCUUCUCCUUCAAAUUUCCAUUCUCUCAUUUCUUCUUGUUUUUUUCUCCAUUUGCUUCUUCAAGAACUACAUAUUGUGUCACCUCUUUCUUUGAAAUUUUUCCAAGGAAUGAUCUUUGGUUCCAUUAAAUAAAGAAAAUUUCAUCACUAAGGGACGGAUUAUCAAGAAAUUCUAGUAGCUACGAGCUAUUUAGCGACGAAUUUCGUAGCCAAUUUAAGUUUUUAAUGUAUUUCAAGUUUUUCUUUUGAAGAAUGAGGAAUCCUAGUUCACUCAAGCAAGAAUUUCUCAAGAAAUGGAUAAAGGGUCUUCAAAUAUGUAGUGCUACAAAGAAAAAGAUGAGUAUAAUGGAGAGGAGAAAAGCUAUAAAAGUUUCAGCAGAUAUAGCAAUGGCUUCUACAAGAAAAUCCACUACUUAUUGGAGCCAUGCCCUCAUGGCCAAUGCUUCAAAAGAUGACACAAACAAAAUCAUCAUAGAAAAUAUUCUUGGAAAUGAUGAUGAUAAUUCUAAGCGAAUUAUUUUCAAGAAAGCUUCAAUGGGAAUUUCUAUGUCUCAAAAGAGAAUUGUUAGAAGCAAGAAAAUUGUGAGAAAUAGUUGCAAAAUUUCAAGAAGAGCAAGAAAGAUUUCUCCAAGUACUAUAGCAAAAAAAUUGGUGAAAAAAAGAACACAAGUUCUUAAAAGUCUUGUUCCUGGUGGAGAAUAUAUGGAUGAUGCUUCUUUAAUUAAAGAAACCCUAGAUUAUAUUAUUUCAUUAAGAGUUCAAGUUGAUGUUAUGAGGCAUCUUGCUAAUAAUGCUAGCCAUGAGAUUAAUGAUCCAAAAACAAGUUCAUAGGUUUUUUUCUCGUCUUUCAAUAUUUUUAAAUCAUGAAGUAAUGAUCAAUUCCUUCUUUUAUUUCUUUGUUUUUACUCUUGUGGAGUUUUUUUUUAUAAUACAAAGAAGAUGUAACAAUGUACAUAUGAGCUAUAUUAUAUAUUAUAUGAAGUUAAAAUUUACUUA